GAUUACGCAGAGAGGUAGUCCGAUCCCGACUAAAUUACCAAUAUAGUAAACUGGUUCCCAUUUCUAGAACGUCAACGAAAUACUGCGCUGGCAAUUGCUGAAGCCUGAAACAUCUUGCUAAAUUGAGACUCGGGUCAUUAUAUAGCCACCUGCAUCAUGUAUUCAGAGGACUCCGAUCUUGUCAUGGACCAAGAGUUCUCUGCAUUCUCUGAGAAGAAUGUAAGAUUAGGAUUCAUAAGAAAGGUGUAUGGUAUCCUUUUGUGUCAAAUUUUGGUCACAAUCCUGGUCAUGGUGAUGUUUAUGUACAUAGAACCAGUGAAACAGUAUUCAAUGCACAACCCUUGGAUAUGGUACACAGCAUUUGCAAUAACUUUUGUGACUCUCAUCAUUCUUGCUUGCUGUGAAAAUGUCCGUCGUCAGUUUCCAAUGAACAUGAUUUUUCUAGGAAUAUUUACCCUUUGUGAAUCUAUCUUGCUUGGAGCUGUGACUAGUCAUUAUGAUGAGGUGUCUGUACUGCUGGCUGUUGGAAUCACAGCUGGUGUGUGCUUUGGACUUACCGUCUUUGCUUUCCAAACAAAAUAUGACUUCACCAUGUGGGGAGGACUUCUCUUUGUGUUUCUGAUCAUCCUCAUACUGUUUGGACUUUUUGCAGCCAUAUUUCACACCAAAGUUUUGUCUGUUGUCUAUGCUAGUCUUGGAGCUCUGCUAUUUUCAUUUUACCUGGUUUUUGACACCCAGUUGAUGCUGGGAGGGAAACACAAGUACAGCCUGUCCCCAGAGGAAUACAUCUUUGCUGCCCUCAACCUGUACCUGGACAUCGUCAAUCUCUUCCUCUUUAUCCUGUCCAUUAUUGGCAACGCUAGGAAUUAGGUCACGGGUAAAGGGUUACGCAGUGCAACGAGGUCAAGGAUUUUUACUUCGGGAUUUGAAUCAUGUUUAUGAGUGACUUUUUGAUGGAUAAGCUCUAAUGAUGGUCUUCUUGAGACUUUUUUUUUGAUUUUGUAUUAUUCAAUUUUGUUUUCAAAUAAAGUUUAUUGCAAAGGUCAUUGUGAUGAGGUAAAGGGAAAUGUUUUUAAAAAAAAAAUGACAUUUUUGUAUGAUAUGGUUUGGAGUUAAAAAUUUUGAAUGAUAAUCCAUGUGUCCUGUGCAAUUUGCUGAAAACAUAAGUAUUCAAGUAUUAAUUUGAAUUGUUAUUAUUUGAAACUUCCUGCAAAUACCAAUCAGCAUAAAGUAUACAGGGUUAUUCUGUUUCUGAAUGAGUCAAUGAUUGAAUUUCAUUACAGUUUUUGUGUUUUAGUAAAUGUAUAAACAUGUAUUGUUAAUGUUUAUUGCAAGGAUUAUAAUUAUUUGUUGUUUGAUUUGUUUUUGGUGCAAUAUACAAUUACAUUUAGUUGAAUUUUGAGAAGAAAAGAUGAUUGUUUUCAAUUUAUCUAGACAUGUUUGGGACCACUGAAAUUGUUUUGUGUGUUUAGUGUUUGUAAAUUCAUUUUUCAUCAAUAGUGCACAGGGUUGAUGUACAUGAACUUGUAUAAAUGAUGUAUUUAAUUCAUUUCCUUUUUAGCUUUACGGGAAAAAGAGUUGUUGAUUUAAUAUUUUAGUUGUUCAUUGCCAUUACUUAAUUUGCAGUCAGCAGUAUUGAAGAAUGGGUAUCUAUAUUUUUUUUCUUGUGUUGUAAAAUUCUUAUCAUUUACAUAAGUGUAUGUAUCAGUUAUUGGUUAAGGAAAUUUGUCCUGUUAGGAAGAUUUCAUGUUUUUUUUUAUAAUUCCAUGACAAUAAACAUUAAUUUUUAAAGCUUAAAGUUUAGAAAAAAAGAGUGUUGGUAUUCAGACAGGCCUUAUUAUACAAAGAAUUCACAGCUGAUACUACAAGCAUAAUAGUUGAAUAUUCUUUUUACAGUCCAAAAAGAUACUGGUAUUUG